AUGUGCGUGGCUCCAGGAGCGUGCAGCACGGCGAUCGGUGAUCAAUGGAAAGAGCCAAAGAUGCCAUCUCGGUCAUGUGAUCAGCUGUAUCCAAUCACAGCUGAUCACAUCAGUGCCACCUGUCACUUGCCAUCAAUGCCAGCUGUCAGUGCUCAUCAAUGCCACCUGCCAGUGCCCAUCAGUGCCACAUAUCAGUGCCUACCAGUGCACAUCAAUGCCACAAAGCAGUGCCCAUCUGAGCUUCCUUUCAGUGUCACCUAUCAGUGUCAGCCAGUGCCACCUACCAAUGCCAAUCAGUGCCACCUAUCAGUGCCAGUCAGUGCUGCCUAUCAGUGCCUCCUAACAGUGCCAGUCAGUACCACCUAACAGUGCCUAUCAGUGCCAUAUAUGAGUGUUGCCUUUCAGUGCCCAUCAGUGAUGCCUGUCAAUGCCUAUCAGUGCCACCUACUAGUGCCUCCUCAUCAGUG